AUACAUAGACGUACACUCCCAUACAAAUACACACUACACAUACAUAGACGUAUAUCUACAUACAAAUACACACAUACCCACACGUAUACGGUCGACACGCACACACACACACAGAGUGUCCGCUAUUGACACAUCAGCUGUUCAGCAAGUCACUGCCCUCUGCAUUAAACACAACAACAGCAGCGAGGACAUUAACACCCCGAGGGCGGCGGUGGUGGUGGUGUUGGUGGUGGGAAUCCGCAACAACGGCCGACAGAGAGAGGAAGAAGAAGAGGGGGAGGUGGUGGGGAGGAGGAGGAGGAGACCAAGAGGACGAAGACGAGGAGAGAAGAGAGGAGAAGUUCCUGUGGGAAUUUGAGAGCAAGAGGCGACAUUGGCGAAAAGGUAAACGCCAGAAGGUAACGGAUGAGGAGACGGUGGCUAGCAAGGGGAGCGGUGGCAGCGCUGGUGCGGCGGCAGGAGACGCCACGAAGCUUGGAGGAGGGAACUUUGGAGAACGUCUUCGUAGUGCGGCUGGGUCAUCAUUGGGAUACCUCUCUGAUCGAGCUGGGCAGGUCCGCGGAACUCCCCUUCCUCGUCUCGGGCGCGACUUUAAGCGAGCAGUGACUUAGAGAUCCGUGUCCCAAGCGUGAGAGCCACGCGGCAGCUUCAGCUGUGGCAGGCCAUGUGCGAAGCUCCUGAAUGGCGGCCCCAUGCCGCCUGGAGCCCUGGUCCGACGACCACCACCUCCGCCAAAAACGCCGCCGCCGCCGCCGCCUCCUCCACCUCCUCCACCUCCUCCUCCACUGGCGCCGCCUCCUCCGCUUCUCCCGCAAGCCCGGACGACACCCGGGGAGCGGCCCGGAUCGACGCCGUGCUGCGCCGCGCGAGCGAGUGGGUGCAGGCAGUAGGCGACGGGGAGGAGCACGAGGCCCUGGUGGAGCAGCUCCAGGAGGCCAUGAUGCAAGUGUGCCGAAUCAAGACGGAGGGGAGCGAGUGCCUGCGGGCCCAGCGGAGCGACGCCGUCAGCUCCCUCUUCUCCGUGCAGGAGGUGGUGGAGGCGUGGGCGGUGGAGGCGCCCCCCGUGGAACCUGAAGGGCCCCCCCUCGCAGAGCUCAACAAGAUCACGGAGGAGCUGAGCGAGCGCCGCACCGACGUGCUGCUCUCCCUGCUGAGCGGCGAGCUCAGCUUGUGCCCGGCCCGUGCUCGCCGCCUCGCCUCCGCGCUCUCCUCCCUCCUCCUGCGCCUCGACUCGGUGGAGGCGCGGGGCCGUCAGGACGUGCGGCGUCGCCGGCGCGCCGCCGUCGCCCGCACCGAACUCCUGCUGCGCCAGGUGGAGCCGUGGACUCGCGGCUGCGCUGGCCACGACCCCGGCGACGGGGCCCCACGUGACCCCCUGCUGGGUCACCGCGCCCUGCCGGAGAUCCGCGACGUCGCCGCCGAGGCCGAGGACAUCAAGCGGCUGCUGUUGGCGCUUCCGAUGAGGACGGCGGUGGCGGCGGCGGCGGCGGCGGCGGCGGCGGGAGUCGUAGCCGACGGUGGGCCGCGUCCGCCGAGGUUCCGGCGCGCUCGUCGCCGACGCCUGUCCAACGGGUCGAAGGCUCGCGGCAAACACGCCGGAGGUUUGGCCACGGGUGGCGGGGAGGUGGAUGACGAGGCGGAGGAGGACGACGAGGAGGAGGAGGAGGAAACGGAGGAGGAGGAGGAGCGGGGGGAGACGGAAGAACGGGCGGAGGAGGCGGGGGAGGAGGACGACGACGAGGGUGAGGAGGAGCGGCUCCUCCCGCGGGCCGAGCGCCGCCUGCUGGCGCUCAUGGAGCGGUUGGACCGCGUGGAGAGCGGGCGCAACCCGUACGUGCGGCAGGGCCGGCGGCGCGCCGUGCUAUCGGUGCAGGGGCUGCUGGCGCACCUGGAGCUGCGGCGAGCCGUGGCCGAGGGGAGGGCCAGGCAGGUGGCGGCGCCGGCGGCGGUGGGAGAAGACGGACGUUCGUCGCCCGUGUUGCCCCUGCACCCGGCGGAGAGGGCGAUACUGCAGGUGCUGCUGCAGCUUUGCUCGCUGCAGCGGGAGGCUCUGGCGUUCCGGGGCGACAAGUCCGAGCGGGGCUAUGCGCUGCUCGACGAACUGCUCACCAAGCAGCUGCUGUCGCUCGACGCCGUGGACACGGCCGGCUGGGCGCACGGCCGGGAGGCACGGCGGCACGCCGUGCGCACCGCGCAGAGCAUCCUCGCCUACCUGGACGCCAAGUCGGACGACCCUGAGGACUAAUCGGCGACGACGAUGAAGGCGACGAUGACGACGACGAUGACAACAACGGGCGAUGAUGCCCAUGCGCACGCAUUUCCGAAUGCACGUGCUCCCACGCAUGCGUUCAUGCUCAUACUUUUGCGCGCGCGAGUGCGUGCGUACACGUACGCACCCAAUCGCACGUGCACGGACGCGUGCGUGCAUGCGAACACUCUCGCGUGCAUUCCCCGUACACUUGUCCACGUUCGCUCGCACCGUUCACGCACUCACGCUGUCGUUCUGAUAUUUUAUUUGCCUAGGUUAUGAUUGAUUUAUUAUACAAAAUCUCAAAAGCCAGCCUCAUUGUCCAGGUUAUUUGCUUUAUCGCAACGCCACAGAUGGCUUUGACACCGUUCCGCCAAGCACACACGCACACGCACAGAUAUAUAUUUUCAUGCAAACAAGUCUCUUAAUUAAAAAUGCCAGUCAUCAAAUAUGUAACUGAUACUCGGUCCAAAGAAUACUUAACACCGUUACUGCAAGUGAAAACUAAAAUAAAUGAAUCAAUGGCUUAACUCAGAAUUUAGGUUAAUCAGGUAUCACCCAGUGCGCAUCUUGAUGACUAUGAUAAGCCAAACAAUGCAACAAAGGCAAUCGACUGCCACCACAGAUAACCGUGACGGGAUCGUUCAGAGCGUCACGAUUUCCGGCACUGUAUUGGGUUGUGACCUCUGGAUCUACCGUCACGGUGACGGGAUGUUGACUACCUCGCCUGGUGUACAGGAGGUUCGUAGGUUCGAUCCAGACCCUGACGUCUGCUGUAUAUUUGGAGUUUGUCUCUAUCCCCGUGGUCAGGUCGCGUGGAUUUUUCUCCGGGUCCUCUGGUUUGCCCCUAUACAUUUAUAAUAAACAUCACACGUUUAGAGUAUUCGGCUGCUAUACGUUUCCACGUGAUAAGCCCCUUUGUUGGGCUAAUCAUUGGUGGCAAGGUCGCUUCUAAAAAAGAGCUCAGUGGGCCUUACCCAGUAAAAUAAAAUAAAAAUAAUUGCUUCUAGUUUGUAUAGAAGGCAACACGGACGUCUAUAAGAGGAGUCUUCCGUGGCUGGUCAAUGUGAAGUCGAUGGACAAGCCUUCUGCUUAUUUUGAUUGAGACAAUUAGCGCACACAUCCCUCGUGCGUACUCACCCGCUCGCUCACUCGCCCGUCCGCCUGCUCGCUCACGCGCCCAUCCGCCUGUUCACCAAGUCGCCCGCUCACAUGCUUGCUCACCCGCUCGCUCACUCGCUCAAUCGCCCGCUCACCCGCAAGCUCACCCCCCCGCUCAUCCGCUCGCCCAUCCGCUCGCUCAUCCGCUUGCUCAAUCGCUCGUUCACCCUUGAGCUCACUCGCCUGCUCACUCACCUGCGCCGCCAACUUAUCUUCCCACCCACUCAUCUUCCCACCCACUCAUCUACCAACCCACUGUAGCACCCACCUGUUAAUUCGUGCACUCGCUCACCGAUCCACUCACGCGUGCACGCCUCCACGCACAUGCUUUACGAUACGCACACACAACUAGCCUUGCUGGCUUAUAAUUAUAUCAUAAUUACACACAUGUACACAUACACUCCUGUACAUGCUCAUGCAAUCAUACAGAUACACGCACACUCAUGUAUGCACAUGUUUGUACUCACGCUUAAUAAACUUAUAUCCAGACACAGACUCGAAUACACGCAUAUACACACUUAAAUACACACAUACACUCAAAUACACAUACAAAUAUACAGUACUCAUAUACACACGUACACUUAUGGAGACAUACAUUCACUACAUAUAACAAACACAAAUAUUGCCCAUGUAGCUCGCACAGCCUGUUGGGGCAAGUGCUGUUUGUGAGCACUUAUGAAGGCCAACAAGGCACAAGAAUGGUUGGUGUGGCCAGCACCACGCCCGACUGACCUUGCCUCCCCAGUGCUGAUGUUUACACACUGCACCAGGUACUCAUUUAAGGCUGAGUCGACCUAGGGGAGGCCCACGGGCCGGUACAGAUAUGACGGUCAAAAGCGGUAUGGAAACUCGGGAUCGCCGGGUUCGUCGCGCAGCGCGAUAACCACUUUGCCACCGCUCCGCCCUACGUACAAAAUUCACGCACACUCUUAAACGCAUGGAUGUGACAACGAUACACACCCACUAACGUACACUCGUGUACACUAUACUCGUAACACGUACAUUUUUUUGUUUUACAGCCAAUGGGGUUCACAACUGAUUUUUCUGGUUCGUAUCUAAUUACCAAAUCUGGUUGUCUGGAUUGCGCUUCGUCUCACCAGUGGGUUGAGCUGACGUUGGGAACAAUCGGCACGUGAUUGCUCAACACGAGCGCACGUGUUGAGCAAUCCGUUUGGCUGUGUCGGGUGGUGGAGGGUUCCGUAACGACACGAAUUUUGGUCAGAUUUAUUUUGGUGAUGGUGCGUUGGCAGUGGCUGCACGAGCACAGGUUACAACAGCGGUCGACACAUUCGUCAAUAAACACUGCGGCCUUAAAAAGACAAAAAAAAUUAGAAAAUGGGCGAUGUUUCGGGCAAUGGCCCUUCAUCACAGCGCAUAGGCCAGGUUGGUCAGAUCAUUACGUGGCCGAACCAAAAUACCAAUUAUGAAUUACAGAUAUAAAUUACCCUCCCCCCUCCGGUAUAGCCUGUAACAGACGAUCGGGGCAAGUGCUGUGAGCGAGCACCUCUGGAGGUCGACGCUGCAUAUGACCGGAGGUGGGUGACCAGCACCACGCGCGGCCGCCUUUGUCUCCCCAGUGGCGAUGUAUUGACACGCAGCACCGGGUACUCAUUUGAGGCCGAGUCGACCCCGGGGAAGGCCCCAGGACCGGUUCGGGUCAUCGCCACGGUUGCCGGCUGCGAGCGGCGGGGAAUCGAUUUCGGCUCGCCCGGGCGUUCGUGGCGGGGCGCGCCGACCGUUGUGCCACCGCUCCCCGCAACGGUGAAUUACCGCACGGGUCGCACAGCAUCCGCUGUCCAGCACGUGGGAAAAUGCACGGCGGGGCCAGGGGUGGAAUGAGGACUCCCCCCCCCCCCCCCCCC